AAGUAUAGGGAAGAGGUUACUCCCCAGCAUUCUCAGGUAUCCAAAGCAUACCUAAGAAGCUGGGGGUCCGUUCCUUAUUCUAUUGCAACCAUGCAGUCUAAGCACUUUGGUAGCCAGAAACCAAGUUGUAAGAUUAUGAUCUUACACCCAACCAUGGAAGAAUUUGAAGAUUUCACAAAUUAUGUUUACAUGGAGUCGCAAGGUGCACACCGAGCAGGUUUAGCCAAGGUAAUUCCACUGAAAGGUUGGAAAGCCAGACAGACGUACGAUGAUAUCGAUGACAUCUUAAAAGCCGCUCCCCUCCAGCAGGUGACUACUGGGAAGGCAGGUGUGUUUACGCAACACCACAAAAAGAAGAAAGCCAUGACCGUGAGCGAGUAUCGCCGCUUAACAAACAGUGAAAGACACCAGACUCCAUUCUACUCUGAUUUUGAGGAUCUGGAGUGAAAAUAUUGGAAAACACGCCUCUAUGGUUAACCAGUAUAUGGUGUGGAGGUCAGUGGCUCCUUAUUCGAUACAAACACGAAGCAGUGGAACCUUGGACACCUGGGAACCUUUCAGGACCUGCUGGAGCGGGAGUGCGGAGUGGUCAUCGAAGGCGUCAACACCCCCUACUUGUACUUUGGCAUGUGGAAGACCGCCUUUGCCUGGCACACGGAGGACAUGGACCCUUACAGCAUCAACUACCUGCACUUCUGGGAGCCCAAGACGUGGUACGCGGUGCCCCCGGAGCAUGGCCGGCGCCUGGAACGCCUGACCAGGGAGCUUUUGCCGGGCAGCUCGCGGGGCUGUGAGACCUUCCUGCGGCACAAGGUAGCUCUCAUCUCGCCCACAGUCCUCAAGGACAACGGCACCCUCCCCCCCACGCGCUGGAUCGAUUAUGGCAAAGUGGCCUGGGAAUAG